UUUGUAGACACGCGAACAUCUCCCUGUUGCUCCUCAAGUACUACUAAAAGAUGACAAGCCGUUGACGGAGUCUUAUAAGACUCGGCUUUCUCAUCUGCAUUGUCAAAGAAUUGUAGGAAACAAUGGCAAGCGCAGCUGCUUCAUCUUUUAUCUCAGCAGUCACAAAGAGGCUGGAAGGGAAGGUAGCACUAAUUACAGGAGGAGCUAGUGGUAUUGGGCAAUGCACUGCUAAAGUGUUUGCGCACCAUGGAGCCAAAGUUGUGAUUGCUGAUAUCCAAGAUGAUUUGGGCCAUUCCGUUUGUGAGGACAUAGGCUCUUCAAACUGUUCCUACGUGCAUUGCAACGUCACUGAUGAAGACCAAAUAAAAAAUGCUGUUGACAAAGCAGUCGCCACCCAUGGCAAGCUAGACAUAAUGUUCAACAACGCCGGCAUCGUUGAUGCUGACAAGGCUCGCAUAAUCGACUAUGAUAAAUCAGAUUUCGAUCGUGUUCUUAGUGUAAACGUAACUGGGGUUUUCCUAGGGAUCAAGCACGCCGCUAGGGUGAUGGUCCCUGCUCGAAGUGGUAGCAUAAUUUCGACUUCAAGCGUAAGCUCCACCGUUGGUGCUGCUGCAACACAUGCGUAUUGUGCCUCAAAGCAUGCUGUGCUGGGACUAACCAGAAAUGCUGCAGUUGAGCUAGGGCAAUUUGGGAUCCGAGUGAACUGCUUGUCUCCCUACGCUCUGGCAACGCCUUUAGCGACGGGAUUCGUGGGGGUUAAUGAUGAGGAGCUGGAGAAAGCGAUGAGUGCGUUGGCUAACCUAAAGGGUGUGUAUCUUAAGGCCGAAGAUGUAGCAAAUGCAGCACUUUACUUAGCAAGUGAGGAGGGAAGAUAUGUGAGUGGGCAUAAUCUGUUCAUAGAUGGGGGCUUUACUGUUGUCAAUCCGUCGUUCCGUAUGUUCCAAUACCCCGAUGACUCGUAAGUACAAAAUUUUGCUAAGCAAAUUCUUGCCCGUCUUGUUAAUUAGCUUCCAAUUAAAGUUAUAUGAAUAAGAAGCUAUUUAGGCAGCGUUUCUAUUAGAUAUUGAAAGAUCGAGGAUAAAGAAAA